AUGAAUGCACAUUUGCUGAGCGCACCCUCUGUGGAGCGGACAGCGGAGCCGGGCCAGCAGCGAUUAGUGUCAUCUGACUCGAUCGAGAAAAUUGGAGAGAAACUAAAGACAAGACGAUCGAUCGGGACAUGGAUUUCAGAUUGGUUUGUCUGGGAAAUGUUUGCCAUCUUCGUGUCAACUAGCCUGGUGGUCGCCAUCUUUAUUAUUUUGGCCCGAUUCGAUAACCAGCCUCAGCCUACCUGGAAAUACGUAUCGCUGAACUCGCUCAUUUCCUGGUUGAGCACCCUUUCGAAAACAUGCAUUUUAUUCGCCGUCAGCGAGACCUUGGGCCAAUUGAAAUGGGUGUGGUUCGCCAACAAGCCACGGCCGAUACCGGAUCUUCGCACUUUUGAUGCGGCCAGUCGAGGUUAUUAUGGCAGUGCAGAGCUGAUAUGGCGUCACUAUAGGAGCAUGUUCCACGGAUGUUCAUUUACCUACGGAUAA